AUGCAAUGCCCUAGAGACCGAGAGGCAACACUCGCCCAUAUAACUAGACUAUUCAGUUGCUUCUUUAACCGCCUUCCUCGGCAGCAUUGUUCUUCGGAUGCUUUAGCAGAUACUCACCUGAGGCCAACCAGUUUGGCUCAUCGCCCAGAAGGCAGGAUGCUACAGUCUGCGCUCGAGUUUCAAGAAGCACCUGUCUUCAGAUCUCACAAAGGCUGCUCCCUAACUCGGCUAUAUCUGCUAGUACAGACUGUCCAGAUUCUAACUUCCGCAACGCAACUUCUCCUCAUUUGGCGCCUAUUUGGCACUCCUAUUCUUCACUCGUUGCCCUGGCAACAUCAGCGUCUUCAAUUGUUCACGCGUCUACGAGACCCUGACGCCUGGCCAGGCAAUUUUUCUUUUAUUCAAGAUACAAAAAGUAUAGCAUCACAAUCGGAAUCAUCUUGGUCGACAUCACCUCCUCGUUGGCCACACGUUGCCUGGUGUCUCUUCGAUACACGUCCAUCUGGCGAGGCUGCAUUCUCAAAGCACCGUCGUUUCGUACAAUGCGUCCUACCUGGCAAUUUGGCAAACGAGUUUAUUUUCGGCCUGAUCUCCGUCUGGCACAUAAUCCAGAUGGGGAUUGGUUUGGCCCGGUUUUCCUCCUAUUUGUGGCUGAUUAACUCAAAAACCCGCCGCUUGUCCCUAGCCUCAAAUCUCUUGCAGCCACAGAUGGAAGAUCCUCAGCUACAGCUUCAAGGAUCACCAAGUAGACUGGCUGCUUCACCUUGGCUGUUGGAAUGGUUCACUGAGCAUUACCUCAGUCGAGACGGUAUCCUAUUAAUCCGGUUGCUAUGGCGUGAAGCAGGCCGCUGGGCCAGUCGGUUGAUAUGCUCUAAUCUAUGGUGUGAGUUUGCACGCGAGCUGGAGAAAUGGGAGCUAAUGGUCCCUAAUUUUCGGAAUCGCCUGAAUGGAAUUUCCGUACAGAGCCCCCCAGUCUAUGCCUGCCAGACUAACCAAGAGGCAUGGACUUCGGAAGGCUUAUAUGAUGAGGUUUAG